AUGGUUGGAGCAACGGUCUACGAUCCUCAGGAUCGUGCACAUGAACUGCUCGCCAACCUCGUACGCAACUAUCGCACCGGCAAAUGGACUCCACCAACAACUGCAGACAAGUUGAAGGCUGCUCAGAAGACGAGAAGAAACCGAGACACCAAGAAGACUCGCAGCCCACCAGACCGCCAUCACGACGAGACUAUUGAGGCCUCCAACCGCGCCAGUAGCAGCGACAGUGCUCUUCCUGAGACAUCCCUGGAUGUACCUGCCAUCAGCCAGCAGAUCACCAACUCGCUUGUCGCUCGAAGACGGCUUGCUCGUCAAGAGCCUCCACAGACCACAGGAGAAGCGACAGUAAUGCCACCUUUGGUUCUCUCUUUGCCAUCAGCUGCCAACACUUCCGUCGCUCACAUCCGUCCACAACGCCAGACUCGAAGUAAACAGACGUGUGUUGUGAUCCUCAAGUAUGGCACGAAAAAUGCAUAUAGACUUCCUUCGGGCCUUAUUCAACAGCCUCCUGCAACGACUUCGGAGGAAAAUCAAGUACCACACUCGUCAGCUCCUUCCGUCAGCAGAACCAGACAAAGCCGUAAAAGGUCCAUUACCGAGAUCAUGAACACCCGCAGCCGAGAUCCGGAGGGUCUUGCCUCAGGCAUCGAGAACGCAGAGACGGAGGUGCCGGGCAUGGAAUAUCCUCGUGAGAACCUACCUUCUGCGACACCAGUCCUCAAUUUACCAGAUAUGGAUGCCGUUGGGCAACGUGCCAGGACGCUCUGGGAGAUACCCGACUCCGAGGAUGAAGUGGAGAUUCCCGACUCCGAGGACGAUAGCGUUGAGUCGCUAUCGGGGCCACCAGCGCGACUGCUGCAAUGGCAAGAUGGCUCGACGAUGUCCACGACGACAUCUGCUCCAACAUCGCCCUCCAUGGCUGGUUUACCUGACAAGACUGUACUCAUCUGGAAGCAGCCUACAACUUUGAACUCGGCUGCAUUGGAUGGUACAACCAGAGAAGAUUUCAGGAAAGCUCAACGUGCGUCCAGAUCCUGUCUAGGCGGCCAGGCAGUCGAGCUCACACCAGUGAUCGCAGAGACAGGUCUCUCUGCGUCGGCCCAAGUCUUGUCGACCUCUACAGUAAAGGCAACGAGAUCUAGCGCCCGGACGGCAUCAGCAACAAAGCGGAGCCGACCUAUAUAUCACGACUUGGACGAGACAGAGAGUGAUGACGAUGGACUGGUCCGAAAGGGUAGAGACAAGAAAGGACGCUUCAAAACGCGCCCAACCAAGAGGGUGCGACAUACGGAAUUCCAGAAUCUGUCGGCUGAGUCCUUUCAGUAG